CUCGUGCCUUUGGCUUCAUUUUAUGAGGCCUUCAUCAUCACCAUCUUCUUCUUCUUCUUCUGCUUCUUCUCUUUUUCACGUGAGUAUUUCUUCUUUUCUUCUUCUCCAUAUAACCUUUAUCGUCUUCAUCAUUUCUCUUUGACAAAUUCAGUCCCCACCUUAUUGUGAUCUCUGAUCCGCGGAAAGAGAGAUGAUGCCCCCUGAGCAAGAAACCACUACUGUACAGGUCACGCCAAGCAUUCCGGCCAUCCCCAACCGCCUGCCGCCGGAGAACAGCUCCGUUCACGCCGACCCAGGAGGUUCCGCCUCUAUUGAGGACAAGCCCAGCUUGGAUAAUUAUGUCAUUCCUCUUCAUCAGCUCCACCCAUCAGCAACACGUUCCGUUCUUCAUCAAUCCUUGCGACCUGUUACCCUCAAAUUUGAAGACGUUUCUUACUGUAUAACCUUUGGGAGCAAGAAGAAUGGAGGUUGUUUUUCUUCACAAAACCCGAAACCGACCCGGACGAUUCUCAACGGCGUGACUGGGAUAGUCCGGCCUGGUGAAUUGAUGGCAAUGCUGGGCCCAUCAGGCAGCGGCAAGACCACGCUACUCACGGCGCUAGCUGGCCGGCUCGCCGGAAAAUUCACCGGCAACAUAACCUACAAUGGCCUUCCUUUUUGUAGCUCCAUGAAGCGCAUGACUGGCUUUGUCUUGCAAGACGAUGUGUUAUACCCUCACCUCACUGUUCUUGAGACGCUGGUUUUUACAGCUUUGUUGAGACUUCCCAAAAGCCUCACCAGAGAAGAGAAGGUAGAACAAGCCGAGAUGGUCAUCACGGAGCUCGGGUUAACCAGGUGCAGGAACACCGCCGUGGGUGGCGGAACCGCCUUGUUCCGGGGAGUUUCGGGUGGGGAGCGAAAGCGGGUCAGUAUUGGGCAGGAGAUGCUGGUGAACCCGAGUUUGUUGUUGCUCGAUGAACCCACCUCCGGGCUGGACUCGACGGCCGCUCAACGCAUAGUGGCGAUGCUCCGAGGUUUGGCACGGCAUGGCCGGACGGUGGUGACCACUAUUCAUCAGCCGUCAAGCAGGUUGUACAGGAUGUUCGAUAAGGUUGUUGUACUAUCGGACGGGUGCCCGAUUUAUGCUGGACAAUCGGGUCGGGUUAUGGAAUAUCUUGAGUCCAUCGGAUAUCCGCCCACUUUCAACUUCAUGAACCCGGCCGAUUUUCUUCUUGACCUUGCUAAUGGCAUUGUGGAUGAUGUUAAGCUGGAUGAUCAGAAUGAGAUGCAUGGCGGAUUAGACCACAUUGAAGAUCAAUCUUCAGUAAAAGAGUCUCUGGUUUUAUCCUAUAAAAAGAAUUUAUAUCCUGCUCUGAAAGAAGAGAUUCAGCUAAAGAAUGAAGGCGCAGCUAGUUCAACAUCAGGAACACCCAGAAUAGGCUCAGAGAACAAGUGGAACACGAGCUGGUGGGAGCAAUUCAGGGUUCUGCUUAAGAGGGGUUUACAGGAGAGAAGACACGAAUCUUAUUCAGGCUUAAAGAUUUUCCAGGUCUUAUCUGUCUCAAUUCUCUCAGGCCUUCUCUGGUGGAAUUCUGAUCCUUCGCACGUACAAGAUCAGUUAGGCCUGCUUUUCUUCUUCUCCAUCUUCUGGGGAUUCUUCCCACUAUUCAACGCCAUCUUCGCAUUCCCUUUGGAGAGGCCAAUGCUGAUAAAAGAAAGAUCCUCAGGAAUGUACCAUCUUUCAUCUUACUACGUAGCCAGAAUGGUGGGUGACCUACCCAUGGAACUUGUCCUUCCCACAAUCUUUGUUACCCUAAGCUACUGGAUGGGUGGCCUCAAGCCUUCACUAAUCACCUUUAUGUUAACCCUCUUCAUCAUCAUCUUAAAUGUGCUAGUCUCUCAAGGAAUAGGCCUAGCACUUGGGGCCAUAUUAAUGGAAGUGAAGCAAGCCACAACCUUAGCUUCAGUGACCAUGCUGGUUUUUCUGCUAGCUGGUGGCUACUACAUUCAGAAGAUACCAUCUUUCAUAGCUUGGUUGAAGUACAUAUCUUUCAGCCACUACUGCUAUAAGCUUCUGGUUGGGGUGCAGUAUGAAGAAAAUGAGGUUUAUGAGUGUGGAUCCGGGUUUCAUUGUAGGGUAAUGGAUUUUCCUGCAAUAAAGUGUCUGGGUGGUCUGGCUCAUUUGUGGGCUGAUGUGGCUGCACUGUGUGUGAUGCUGAUUGGAUACAGAGUUGUGGCUUAUGUGGCUUUGAGGAUAAGGCAGCCUCACUGACUAGCUCUACUACUGCUGGCUUGCUCAAUAGAUUAGGGAUUCCUCUUGGUUUGUUGGAAUUAAAAGCUCUGUCCAAGUGUUAAGAUUAUUUAAAUUGUAUGCAAUAUUACUUAAAGCCCUAGUGGUUUAUUGAUAUGAAAUGAGAGGGUAAAUAAUUUAAACAUAAAGCCACUUUUCCUUAGUUCCAA